AUGGAUGACAAUGUAUUAGAAGACCAUAUUCCUAAGAUAGGAAUGGAGUUUGAAACAGAAGUUGAGGCAUAUGAUUUCUAUAUGAAAUAUGCUAAGGUAACAGGUUUCGGAACUCGAAAACUAUCUGCUCACAGAGAUCGAAUUACGGGCAACAUCUUGGACAUUAGUUUUUGCUGUUGCAGGGAAGGUUUUAGAGCAACAAACAAUAGAUGUGUUACAAUUAAGAAUCCUCGUCCUGAAAUUAGGUGUGGAUGUAAGGCUUUGAUGAAAAUCAAUUGUAGGUAUAGUGGAAAGUUUCGGAUUGUGAAGUUUGUCGAGGAACACAACCAUGAUUUGUGUGAUCCGGAAAAAUCUUACAUGUUUAGAUGUUUUAGACAAAUGUCUAAUAUUCAGCAAACACAAGUUGAUGUUGCUCAGAGUUGUGGGUUGGCUCCAAAGAAAAUAAUAGAUGUAAUGGCAAAGGAAGCAGGCGGAAUACAACAUCUUGGUUUUACUCAUAUUGAUUUGAAGAACUAUUUGAGAACUAAGAGGACUUUGGAGAUUAAACAAGGAGAUAGUGGAGGUGUUUUACAGUAUUUACAGAGGAUGAUAAGUGAAGAUCCACAUUUUUACUAUGCUAUUCAAUUGGAUGUGGAAGAUUUAAUUACCAAUAUAUUUUGGACCGAUGGUAGAAUGAUACAAGAUUUUGGUCAUUUUGGUGAUGUUGUUUGCUUCGAUACUACAUAUAGAAAACAUCGAGAUGGCGGACCAAUUGCUUUGUUCGUCGGUGUAAAUCAUCAUAAACAAACAACUGUGUUUGGUGCAGCAUUAUUGUACGACGAAACAAUUGAAACCUUUGAAUGGUUGUUUGAUGCAUUUGAAGAUGCUAUGAUGGGAAAACGACCAAAAACCAUUUUAACGGAUCAAGAUCAAGCAAUGAGCUCUGCUUUAGCUUCCAAGUGGCCAUCAACUUACCAUCGCUUGUGUGUUUGGCAUAUUUUUCAGAAUGCAGCAAUUCAUCUUUCCAAUGUUUUUGCGAGUUUCAAGAACACCUUUGCAGCUGAUUUUAGUCAUUGUGUGUACGACUUUGAAGAAGAAUCAGAAUUCCUUGAUGCAUGGAAUGAAAUGUUGGAGAAAUACAACCUACAAGAUAAUCAAUGGUUGAAGAGAAUGUUUUCUCUAAGAGAAAAAUGGGCAUUGGUUUAUGGAAGAAAUACAUUUUGUGCUGAUAUGGUUUCUACUCAACGAAGUGAGUGCAUGAAUGUUGUUGUGAAGCAUUAUGUAAAUUACAAAAACAAUAUUGUCGAGGUGUUCCAUCAUUUUCAAAGGUUGAUAGAUGAUCGUCGUGAGAAAGAGUCGCCAGAAGAUUUCAAGAAUGCUCAAAGUUCUCCUGUUAUGACAUUUCCAUUAGAAAUAUUGAAGCAUGCGGCUACCGUAUAUACACAUAAGAUAUUUGCAUUGUUUAGUGAGGAGUUGAGGAAGACAAUUGAAAGCAAGAUUGAAGGUGAGAGUCAACUUGAAACUUCUGUGAUAUAUAAGGUCAGACCAUUUCAUCGGGCUAAUGAACAUAUGGUCACAUAUGAUUCCAUUGAAGGUUCCAUUUUUUGCAGCUGUAGAAAGUUUGAAUUCUCAGGUAUUUUAUGCUCACAUAGUCUAAAAAUCUUAACAUUUAUGAAUGUUGUUCAAAUACCCGAUAAAUAUAUCUUAAAGCGAUGGACCAAACAUGCAAAGGGUGGAACAUCAAGAGUUUGUGAUGUAGGAGUUGUCACUGUUGAUGAAAAAAUAAGAAAGAAGCAGCGGUAUAGAGAGUUGUGUAACUCUUUCAUGCGUGUGGAAAUAAAAGCAGCUGAGAGUGAAGAUAGCUACACUUCUGCUUUAGAUUGUCUCUUGAAAAUGGAAAACAGUGUGGAUGGAAUGAUAGGGAAGGCAAAUAAUGUGACAAUUGAGGCAAAGGACGGAGAUGUUGUAGUUGAUGAUGAAACCAAUGAAAGUCAAAUUAAAGGCUUGAAACCUAAAGGGAGAGUUACAUAUCAUUCAUGUAAGAGGCCGAAAAAUGCUUUGGAACAGGCUAUUAGUAGAAAACGAAAACCAAAGCCAAAAGAAACAAAGAGUGGUUCGUAA